AUGGUUCAACUCCUGUACAAGAUGAGAGGAGUCACACAAAGCGUGUGCUCGAUUGAACACGUCAUCCACGUACCUCUUCCAAAUUUUAACGGGAACUGGGGGCGCAGCGAGGGCUUUAUGCUCAAAGUGUUCCAUCCAGAUGUUAGCCACAACUGGUGCCACUGGACUGCCCAUCGCUACUCCCUCUGCCUUGCAACCACGACUUUUGACAAACAUGGCUCGCCCCUUGACAGAUCGAAAUGGCGGCGAAGAAAAUUGGUUAAACCACCACCAGACGAUGACAACGAUUGCGCCAGUCUUGCGUGGCUGCUUAGCUUUAGACUAGAUGAGUUUGUGAACGUGAAAGUGCCGGAUGACGAGCCGGGAGUGGAGCUUGAGCCGCCUGCGGUGAGGAAGCCCCCUUUCACGUACCCGGAGCUGAUCGAGCGGGCUCUGAGGGAGAAAGGAGAGCUGACGGUGUCUGCCAUUUACCAAUGGAUCUCUGACCGCUUCCCCUACUACAAAGCCAACGACGAGCGUUGGAAGAACUCCGUACGCCACAACUUGUCUAUCAACCCCCACUUCAGGAAGGGGGCGCGGGCCCCCCACGGCGCGGGGCACCUCUGGUCUCUUGCCGCCAACGCCAUUGACCUCUUACCUUUGAGGGAGCACAGGGUUUACGAAGAAGUUCAUGAAGCGCAUAUUAUUGAAUGCCCCAAGGUUAUCGUCCUGGACGAGGCGGCGAUAGCGGCGGCCAGCAUUAUUCCUGAUCAAGAUUUAUUCUCCGGCAGUACGAUGUUCCUGAAUCCGGUGUCGACAGAACAGGUAGUUCGCGAGUGCGGACUCAUCACCGUGGACUAAUGGGUUCAAUUCUGCGAAAACCACAAUUGUGCAUCAGAGUCACUCCAUACAUAAAUACUUGAACUCAUGCCUGUAUUCACAAAGAGGAUAGGCAGAGCACAGGAAACUGUUCGAGUUUCAGUGCCAUUCUUAGCAAUUAACGGGUUGAAAUAAUGAAAUUGUGAUAUUGCCCAAACAGGUUGCUAGCUCACCGCGUACACCAAAAUUGAACUCAUGUCCCCCAGUUGGCUUAUACGACACACACGGGAGGAAAAGGGGUGGUAAAAUUCUUACCUGGCACCACACGGGGACAAACUAAAAUCAAGUAAAGUCAGUUACAAAGAAAUUGGACCCGACCCUGAGUAACGAAUCAAAAAGAUUUUCGGGAAGUUUUCAUUUGUUUUUGUGUAUUAGGAACGCCUAAUACACAAAAACAAACUAAAACUUUUUGUAUGCAAAUACUCUGAAAUAUCUGAUGUAGAUUUGAGCCGAAAAAUAAUCUCAGAAAAAUUAGCUAGCCAACAUGUCAACCGCUUGCGCUCCAUCACGAACGACACGUCAAUUUCUCUGUCGUACUAAGAAGGAAAGAUGAUAGAGAUAGAGAUACAGAAUGUUGGCAUGUUGGUUAGAUAGACUCUUUUCUGUCAGCACAGCUUUUGGUCUGUUACUAAGUUUGAUUUUGUGUUGCUGGUCCAACUUAAAAUCAGAUUAUAGGAAGGACAUAAACCUACCUGUGUGUAGAUAUUAAAAUUGUGUCAAUUUAGGAUAGAAUAACACGUGAAAAAAAUAUUUUGUGUAUCAGGUUUUAUCUGUAUAAUUGGUUCAGUCAUAGAUUAAAUAUAAGAAAAUUAUACCAUUCCAUA